AUGGCCGGACCUUUUGAAGCUUUUCCGGAGCUGCCGGAGAAUGCUGGUCAAGAUGCUGAUGCAAGCCGAGAGAAUGCUGACGAGGAGGAGGAACUCGCUGAUGGUGAUGCGCGCGAGGAGACCGAUGCUAAAGACACUGCUGAGGACGACGCGCAGCCAGCGGAGUCUCCUGUUGACGACGACGACGACGGUUACCUGAGUGAUGACUCGGAUGAACAUCUGGAGCCGGACUCUCUUAAUAGCAUCAUUGCUCUGAAGCGCUUCUCACUAACCUUGUUGGUGCCGAUUUCCAGGAAGGUGGAGGUUAAGCGUGCAGCCUUAACGGUUGCUGCCAUGCUGGACGAAUGGAAGGAGUUAUUAACGACGGAUGUGCUGCUGACCACAACUUACCAAGAUCUCCCACCGAUGUUUCUUUCUGGAGAACGUUACGGCCGCCUGCAAGUUACAUUCAAUCACGUUCGUGACGCGAACUUCGUUUGGAGCCAGGUUAUACGUCACGAGUGUGUCAACGGCGACUUCAUUGAUCUCACCUGGCAGCACCCGGAGGAUGCGCGUUUCCUGCGUGAGCGCGUGCUGAACCCCACGGCGAAGGAGAUCAUAAUCAAAGGCGUACCGGCGGAAAUAACGGCGGAACUGAUUCGCCGUCUGUUGGAGGUGUCGAAGCUGGUGAAGCGCGGCAGGAGCGCGUUUGCCAGUGGUUUCGGAUUCCAUCGGACAGUGGAUCCGGUGUCAGGCUUGGACACGGACCGCAUCCGUGGACUGUUUAUCCCUCAUGCUGAUGACGAGUACCGCUGGCGUCACUUCGUGGAAGACCCUACCACGGGGAAGCGCUACUUGCUCCACUACCCGUCGCUGACCUAUCUCUUGAAGCGUAUCAUGCGAGACCCUGCGGUUAUUCUCACCUCCACCGGAAGCGCGCGGGAGGAAUGGGUCUGUGUCCAGACAGUGUGCGAGAAGGCGCAGGGGAACCACUUCGAGCAGGCAUCGGCUCAUAUUGCAUCUGCUCGGCACAAGGGGGGUUUGCGGAAGGAGGGUUCGGCCACACGCGCCAGCAAGUUCUCCCAGAAAAUGCUAGCCUUCAAGAAGGAGUACACUGCAAAGCCGGCGAAGUAG